CGCGUAUCCCGUAUCGACAGUUGAUCGAGAACGUAACAUUGUCUUGAAGAGGUGCAUCUUGAAGAAAUCGGAAUCCUACAAACUGCUCGAAAAGAUCACGAUAUGAAGAUUACCAAAUAUCUUUGCUGUACUCUGGUUUGCAUGUGCUUAUUGAAGAUGGCAAAUACUGAAAUUUCGAGAGACAAGAAUUCACUUUUACAGUUCGAACGGCAGCUUCUAAAUGCCCUAAACGCUGAAAAAACAAUCAAGUCAAAGAGACCAUUUUGCAAUGCUUUCACGGGAUGUGGCAGAUUUGUUUCGGAAGAAAGGAGAAUGAAGAAGAAAGGACCUUCCACUCUGCGAGAUUUAUCGGACUUCGAAGUGACGAACAACAACGUUCAGCUUCCGGUUUCUCUGUACAGGGCAUUGCUAGAUGCCGCUAAACAAAAUGUUUGGAAAGUGAUGGAUCGUGAGGCAUAUGAUUAUCGAUUACAACAAAUCCCGCGGAUUUACCUUUCGGGUCAAAUGCCUGUACGCAACACGAUGGAAAGCUAAUUUUAACGGAUACAACUUGAUGCAUAGGCGCCGCCAGAAUUUGUAACAGAUGAAAUUAUACUUUAUUUUCUUGUUUUCA